CGAAAACCGGACGUUGUUCCGCUAAACGUUUGCAAUCAGAACUAUGAUCAGAACUACCAGUUUAUUAUCACGAAGAAGAAGAGAAAUAAUAAUAAUAAUAAUAAUACGAAGAAGAAGACGAAGACCCGUCAGGGCUGCAGGAGAUAAGACAUGCCUCGUCAAUUCCCAAAAGUAACCCUUAGCGAGGAAGAGGAAAAGAAGCAGCUACUGGUAGAGAAAGUUUAUGCUUCAGCGCUAAAAGAAGAAGACGACCGCGAUACUUUGUCAAUGUUCAGUGUGUCUGAGGACCUCCCAAUAGGCCUACAGCAAUCCCAAGAUCACGAGCUGCUGAAGGAGCUGGCAGAGCAACAGUCGUCAGAGGAGAGUCUCAUGAGACAAAGUUUUAUGCUGAUCCGUUCCAAGACACUGACCCUCCAGAUCCCAGGGGCUUCAGAUUACCCAGAUUCCAAGACUGUUACACCGUCAGGGUCCACGAGCUCCAGCUUCUCAUCUGUAGCAGAAAGCUGUCCUGAUUUCCAGAGAGUCACUAUUAGUGGAGAUUACUGUGCAGGAGUAUGUGUGAUAACUUCCAAGAAGAUCACAUUGGAAGAUUACGAGCAGGCUGUCAGAAGUCUGUUUAAAGCGCUGAUGCUUAGAGAGAAGUAUUCAAAGCUUGCUUAUCACAGAUUCUGUAGGACUACAAGCCAGUUCCUCCGCAGUGCUGAGAACUUGAUAUGGGACAUAGAUGAUGAAGUCCUGCCUGACAUGUCCCCAUGUCCCGCAGAAGGUGAGGAUCCCUACAGCGUGGACAACAUCCCUGAGAAUCUCAACUAUGAACUGAAGAUGAAGAAUGGGAUUGUGUGUGUGUAUGAUGGUGGAGAGGCACUAAUAAAUGAUCAGCCCACUGAUCUUCCUUACCCAGAUUUGGAGACCUAUGCCAUAGAUCUCAGUGAUCUACUGACAAUGAUUUCAGACGGACCUACCAAAACCUACUGCCACAGAAGACUUAACUUCUUAAGUUCAAAGUUCUACCUCCAUGAGAUACUCAACGAGAUGGCUGAGCUUAAGGAGCUGAAAAGCAUUCCUCACAGAGACUUUUACAACGUUAGGAAGGUGGAUACUCACAUUCAUGCAGCUGCAUGUAUGCCUCAGAAACACCUACUCACAUUCAUUCAGGAAAGAUACAAAACCGACAAAGACCGUGUAGUCUUGGAAAAAGAUGGCCAAGAGAUGACCCUUCAGGAGGUUUUCCACAGUCUCAGCAUGGAUGCUUACGACCUCACUGUGGAUUCUCUAGAUGUACAUGCUGGCAGGCAAACCUUUCACCGGUUUGACAAGUUCAAUACAAAGUAUAACCCUAUGGGUGCCAGUGAACUCCGGGAGAUCUUCCUCAAAACAGACAACUACCUUAAUGGAGAGUACUUUGCUCGGAUUAUAAAGGAGGUGGCCAGCGAUUUGGAAGAGAGUAAAUAUCAGUACGCCGAGCCGCGCCUGUCCAUCUACGGACGCUCUACUGAUGAGUGGGACAGUCUAGCAAAGUGGUUCAUUCAGCAAAAACUUCACUCACCAAACAUGAGGUGGAUGAUUCAGGUUCCUAGAAUAUAUGAUAUUUUCAAGUCAAAGAACCUGGUAACCAAUUUUGCCAAGGUUCUGGAGAACAUAUUCCUUCCUCUCUUCAAGGCAACUGUGAAUCCAGAAACCCACAAAGAACUCCAUAUUUUCCUCAAAUAUGUUUCAGGCUUUGACAGCGUAGAUGACGAAACCAAACACAGCAACCACAUGUUCUCUUAUAGGAGCCCGAAGCCAGAACAGUGGACCACACGUGACAACCCUCCAUACAGCUACUACAUCUUCUACAUGUAUGGCAACAUCAUGGUGCUCAACAACCUGAGGAAAGAGCGUGGACUGAACACCUUCCAGUUUCGUCCCCAUUGUGGAGAAGCAGGAUCGAUCACUCAUCUGGUCUCUGCUUUUCUGACUGCAGACAACAUCUCACAUGGGCUCAAUCUGAAAAAGAGUCCUGUCCUGCAGUACCUGUACUACCUGGCCCAAAUACCUAUUGCCAUGAGUCCCCUGAGCAACAAUAGCCUGUUCCUGGAAUACUCCAAAAACCCUCUCAGAGAGUUUCUACACAAAGGUUUGUGUGUGUCACUGUCCACAGAUGAUCCCAUGCAGUUCCACUACACCAAGGAACCUCUAAUGGAAGAGUACGCUAUAGCAGCUCAGCUGUGGAAGCUCAGCACCUGUGAUGUCUGUGAGAUUGCCAGGAACAGUGUGCUGCAAAGUGGGCUAAGUCACCAGGAAAAGAAGCACUUCUUAGGAGUAAACUACCUGAAGGACGGACAUGAAGGCAACGACAUCCGUCGGACAAACGUUGCACAGAUCCGCAUGGCCUACAGACACGAGACGCUGUGCAACGAGCUCAGCUUCAUAGCUGAUGCAGUGAAGUCUGAAGCUACGAAUUCCCAUUAGAGCUGAAAGGAAACUUCAAACAAAAGAAUAACUCUCUCUCUUCCCUGUUACCAUUGGUUUGCUUUAAAAUAACCCAAUGGCUCUGAUAAUUAAUGUAAAGAUCACUUCUUCAAGUGCAAAAAAGUAGUUACAGCUUAUCAAGACUGGGACAGACUUGUGAAAUUGAGUUAUACUUGCUAUUGUCUUUUACGUAAUACCUAUAUGUAUGAACUGUCAUACUUUACAACAUAUUUUCUGAAAAGUGUAUGCUAUAAAAAAAUGUAAAACUGUUACUAAGAGUAUACACUGAAUGCCAGAGGUGAGACAAAAUGGUUUAAAAACAAAUAUGGAUUUGUGACAUUUCCUUUGUCUUCUUUAAUGUGUUUUAUGAAUUGUUUUGUUAGAAAAAGAUCUCAUGAAAUAAAAAAUGUGCAAGAGA